AUGGCGGUCAAAGUAAAGAAGCGCAGAGCUCCUGCAGCCGAGCUGAAAACCUCGGCUGCCGAGAGCGGGGAGCAGGUGAGCCAAGGCACUCCUGCCAGAGCCAAGAGGAAGCUGGCGCGAAGGAGGGAAGCUGUCCAAACCGAUGCCGAGGCCCCUCUUGCAGAUUUGGCGGAGGAGGAGCCUGAGCAGAAGCUCUUUCGGACAAACACCUCCUUUUCAAAACUAGGUCUGGCGAAGUGGAUCGUGGAUACAUGUGGAAAGCUGGGCAUGAACUACCCUACUGAUAUUCAAGCCAUGGCCAUCCCACCGGUGCUGUCUGGUAAGAAUAUCGCCGGAAAUGCACGUACUGGCAGUGGCAAGACAGCAUGCUACAGCCUGCCUAUUCUCCACUUUCUGUCGAAGGAUCCUUACGGCAUUUUUGCCUUGAUUCUCGUGCCUGUACGAGAGCUCGCCUUUCAGGUCGCAGAUAAUUUCCGUGCCAUGGGCCAGGCUAUCCACGUCAGCGUCGGGGAGAUUGUCGGCGGACGCGACUUCUCCAUUCAGAGCAGGCUGAUCGCGGAUCGGACGCAUGUUUUGGUGGCCACGCCUGGAAGGCUGGCGGACCUCUUGCGGGGCGAUUUUGCUUUGGCCAGGGCAUUUCGCAAGCUGCAUACUUUCGUCCUAGACGAAGCAGAUCAGCUCCUGACAGAGACCUUCGAGGAUCCUCUGAGCCGGAUCUUGGAAGUGCUUCCGGAGUCACGGCAGACUCUAUUCUUCUCGGCCACCAUUACCGAGUGCAUCGAGAAGUUGAGGAAAGGAAAAGAUCUGAUGCUGGUCGACGCGAACCCCAAGGAGGAGACCCUGCAGAACCUGACUCAGCUGUAUGUGUUUGUUCCCAAGUCCGUGCAGGUGAACUAUUUGCACUUUCUGUUGAAAGCACACUUCUCAGACGAGAGCUGUAUAAUCUUUGCCCAGACGAUCGAGGAAUGCCAGAUGUACACCACGAUGUUGGAUAUCUUAGGUUUCGCAGUUACAGGCCUACAUUCACUGCAGUCGCAAAGGCAACGACUUGCAAGCCUUGGCAAAUUCCGAGCAAGUCGUGCCAGCAUUCUGCUGGCCACUGAUGUAGCCAGCCGAGGCCUGGACAUCCCAAUGGUUGGAGUCGUGAUCAAUGUUGGCCUGCCUUUCGACCCCGCUUCCUACGUCCAUCGUGCUGGUCGCACUGCACGUGCUGGACGACCUGGAAAGGUGGUCUCUCUCAUGUCAGAGCUGGAUGUGCCUCGUGUGCAGAGCAUCGAGAAGAGGAUCGGCAAGCAGCUGCAGCUCUUGCCGACUAAGGAGGAAGAGGCGAUCAAGCUUCUCUCCAAAACGACGAAAGCAUAUCAACGCGCAGAGCUGCUGCUGUCAGAGGAGCAGACAACGGUGGCACAGCAGUUCCUGCAGGCGGCUGCCGAUGGGUUGACCACUGGCGCCGUCUGCGCGCUUCGGAAGACGUUGCCGGCUGGCCUGCGCCCUGCAGCUUCUCGCUCUCCCAGGAGCAAGAGCAAGGGCCGGAAAGAAGAGACUGUCCGGCGACAUUCUGCUCAUGCUGCCUCUACGAAAGAGGCGCGGACCAACACCGGAGGCAGUGCAUCGGCCUUCCUCUUCAACGCCUGCGAGCGCAGCGAGCGUCGUGCCUCGUCCAUCAGUGCAGCCACUGAAGCAGCUGUGCAAGCCAUUGCCACAGAGAUCCUGGAAGCACAGGAUGUCGCAGCUGUGCAGAGGAAAGCGGCCCCACAGUCCAGCCAAGAUCUGUGUCAGGCGUUAGCGCCUCGAACAGAGCCACCUGACCCGUGGGCUUCCAGUGAAUCAGAUGCCGAAUCCGAAGCGUCGCAGAAGGAGUUGGCGUCGUCCGCAACUCUAUCAGCGCCGGCUCUUCAGGAUCAGGCUAGCGCCUCGAUCUCCACCAUCCGGAGCCGCGGCUCCUCCUCCCGACAGUCUGCAGAGCCGGAAGGGGAACCUGCAGAGCUGCAGCGCAGUCGGGGGCGUGAGCCGAGGGAUCGUGACGGAGGACCGAGGGAAAGUUCGCCGUCACCGACAGAUGCCGCCCGCCUUCACCGUGCAUUAAGCCAAGUUCAGACCUGGGCUUCGAAAGGCCACUUCUCCGAGGCGAUUCAAGCAUGCUUGCCCGCCCUUCACGGCCCGCAGGAGGUUGUGGAUAUCAUUGGCAGCCUUUUGGCUGCUUGGCAGGCCAGCAUCAAGAAGCAGAAACGAGAGCAACAGGACGAAAUGGAGGCUUUGGUGUCUGAGGCAUCAUGCUGCUUGUUUUUCCUACUCGAGUAA